ACAUUUACUUUGACAGUACAGGCAGGACCACCCAAUCAGCUGACAGCGAUAGAACUAUGAUUAUUUUUCCAUGGUGUAAUUAAUCAAAAUUGUGUAAAUUAUUACAUAAAACACCAUUGUAGUGUGAUUACCAAGUGUUAUUUGUGUUGUGUACUGUUUAUUCCAUUUAUUGUUGUGAUGUCAAACUUCGUAUAUUCAGGCUUGAGUGAAGCUGUCAUACUGCAAUCGUAAAAGCGGGAAACAUGGACGAGCCAUUAUCACAAACAAAAAAAAGUAAACAAUACCUCGAGAAAAUAUCCUAAGCAUCAAUAAAAAAUAAUAAUAUUGAGAUCGAACUAGUCUCAUAGUGAUCAUAAACUAAUUAAGAAAAUAUAUUAACAUUUAUUUAUUUUUAUUUCCGUUAACAUUGUUGAUUCCAUUUGAAAAUUUUACAGUUUCUGAAACUGAUUGUUUUAAAAAUCAUAAUAGAUUAAUAAAAUAAAAGAGUAAUCACCAAAGAGAAUAUUGUAUAUAGCUGUUAGAAAAUAGUUGAGUACAAAAAGCUUAGAUGCUUUUAAGCACAUGGCGUAGCAGAAGUAUAGAGAGAGACAGAAAUACGGGGGACGGCAAGAGGAAUAAGAUGGCCGCCACGAUGGUUGAGACACCUCCUCCUCAGCUGAUCACAACAAUAGAAUGGAGCAUGAUGGACAAGAGCAAAUUUUUUCCACUCUACACAUUAAGCAGUUUCACAAUACGAUGCGCCCUCUACCCGCUCACGUUAGUGAAGACUCAGAUACAGGUGCAAAGGAAAAAAGAAGCUUACAACGGAGUCGUAGACGCCAUCUCAAAGAUAUAUAAAUAUGAGGGUAUUUCUGGAUUGUAUAGGGGGUUUUGGCUAUCCAGUUUUCAGAUAAUAUCCGGUGUGUUCUAUAUAUCAACGUACGAAGGAGUGCGGCACGAAUUAGGAAAAUAUGACAUUAAUCCCAAGUUAAAAUCGUUCGUCGGCGGUGGGUGUGCCUCGAUUGUGGGCCAGAGCAUCAUCGUGCCGUUCGACGUUCUGAGCCAGCACCUUAUGGUGCUCGGCCUCGUCCACAGCCGCGCCGGCGGCAGCAGGAACCCCAAAAUCAACCCGCUAGGCCUGGACCUGGACAAGAAGAUGUCGAAGGCGGCGCUCGCGAAGGAAGUCGCGGUCCGCGUGUACCGCGCGCACGGCGUGCUGGGCUACUACCGCGGGUACGCGGCUUCGCUCGCGGCCUAUGUUCCUAAUUCAGCGUUGUGGUGGGCGCUUUAUACUGCUUACCAAGACGAGCUGUACCGCGUGUGCCCCGCGUGGGUGUCGACGCUGCUGAUCCAGUGCGCCGCGGGCACGCUGGGCGGGUUCACCACCACCGUCCUCACCAACCCGCUCGACAUCGUGCGCGCGCGUCUGCAGGUGGAAGGAGUCAGCUCAAUGCGUCAAGUGUUCAAAGUCUUAUGGCAGGAGGAAGGGUUUAGGGGACUGUACAUGAAAGGAUUGUCGGCGAGGCUGGUGCAGUCGGCCUGCUUCAGCUUCAGCGUCAUCCUCGGCUACGAGAGCAUCAAGCGCGUCGCCGUCAGCGACGAGUUCCGGCCCAGGGUUCGCUGGUGACCGCAAUAAAACCCCCAAAUUGUUA